CCGUGCCCCCUGUGUCCACAGCCGAGCUGGAGUUUGUGCAGAUCCUGGUCAUCGUGGUAGUGAUGAUGGUCAUGGUGGUGGUCAUCACGUGCCUGCUGAGCCACUACAAGCUGUCCGCCCGCUCGCUCAUCAGCCGCCACAGCCAGGCCCGCCAGAGGGAGGAUGCCCUGUCCUCGGAAGGCUGCCUCUGGCCCUCGGAGAGCACCGUGUCCGGCAGCGGAAUCCCGGAGUCGCAGAUCUACGCCCCACCCCGGCCGGCCGAACGCCUGACCGUGCCCCCCUUCACUCAACGGGACCGCUUCCACCGCUUCCAGCCCACCUACCCAUACCUGCAGCAUGAGAUUGACCUGCCACCCACCAUCUCGCUGUCAGACGGCGAGGAGCCCCCGCCCUACCAGGGCCCUUGCACCCUGCAGCUGCGAGACCCUGAGCAGCAGCUCGAGCUGAACCGAGAGUCGGUCCGCGCGCCCCCGAACAGAACCAUCUUCGACAGCGAGCUGAUGGACAGCAGCCUGCUGGGCGGCCCCUGCCCCCCCAGCAGUAACUCGGGCAUCAGCGCCACCUGCUACGGCAGCGGCGGGCGCAUGGAGGGGCCCCCGCCCACCUACAGCGAGGUCAUCGGCCACUACCCUGGCUCUGCCUCCUUCCAGCACCAGCAAGGCAGUGGGCCCCCCUCUCUGCUGGACGGCACCCGCUUCCACCCCGCACACACGGCACAUCUGGAGACCACAGCCACCUGGAGCAAGGAGAAGACCAAGAGCCACCCUCUCUAGGGACCCCGCGGCUGGGCUGGGGCGGCCGGAGGUGGUGAGGUACCACUCGGCACUUCUUAGCAAGGAGAGAGCGAGAGGGGGCGGCUGACCCCGGAGCGCACGUGCCCGCCCUCCCCGCCGCUCUGUGUAUAAAUACUUACAUGUUCUGUUGGGUCUGAAUGCACAAGGUAGACAGCUUGCAAAACAAAACCACACACACACACACACACACACACGUUUCUUUGUUGAGCUGGGUCUUGAAGGCAAAAAAGAAAAAGGAAUAAGAGUCCCCACACUAGUCUGUUUUUGCUGCGUGCGUGAAUGCUGAUUUUCUUUUUGUUUAUGAUUAUUUCACUUAACUUUGAAGACAUAUUUGCACAACCUUUGUUUAAAGAUCUGCAAUAUCAUAUAUAAAAUAUAUAUAUAUAUAUAAGAUAAGAGCAACUGUAUGUGUGCGGGCAGGAGUAUUUUUGUAUCAGAAGAGGCCUAUGAGACACACACACACACAUACACACAGAAGUUGCUUUCUGAAUUUAGCUGGGGGGUGGGGACGGGGCUGGCCUUUUUUGAGUGCCAAUUCAGAAAGUGUGUAUUACCUUGUUAAAAAAAAAAGCAGGGGUUUAGAGUUAUUUAUAUAAAUGUUGAGAUUUUGCACUAUUUUUUAAUAUAAAUACGUCAGUGCUUGUUGGGUGGAGAUUUCUAUCGUGUCUGUUAAACCGUCAGAGGGGAGAAGCGUGGGGAUUUCAGAAGUGGCCACGGCGGGCAGGUCAGGGGUGAGCCCGCCCCCAGUGCCCCUGGGCGCCCCUCUGCCCAGGAUGAGCAUGUAUCCGUUUAGAGGUAGACUGUUCCUGCGUUAAACAUUCCCUACGGAAAGAGGCACAGUUCUUUGCUCCGGGCCCCGGCGAUCCACACAAGCCUCGGAAGGGUUUUUGGACCUUGAGUGCAACCCAAAAGUUACCCCAGAGACACACGAGCUGGGCUGUGUCUUUCCCAAGAUGAGCAUAAACUGCGGCUGAAGGUCUCUUA